GCUCGGCGCUGGCUCGCAAUGUGACACCGGGACGCGCACGGCCCGCGCCCCCGGCCCCGGCGCUCCCGCCCGCACGCACACACCCACCUCUGCGUCCACACACAUGCACACUCACACCCACGCGCACCCUCACCACCCCACGCGCGCGCACUCCCGCCCACUCCCACGCCCGCGCCGCGCUCCGGGGAGCCGGGUCCCAGCCCGGGACGCCGAGUGGCCGCCUCGGCUCGGGCUCGGCCUGGGGGGGCCAUGGCCCCGGCUCGUCUGCUGCUGCUGCUCCUGGCUUCCGCCGUGGCCGCGAUGGAAGAGACUUUAAUGGACACCAGGACAGCUACUGCAGAGCUGGGCUGGACAGCCAAUCCUGCCUCUGGGUGGGAAGAAGUCAGUGGCUAUGAUGAAAACCUCAACACCAUUCGCACCUACCAGGUGUGCAAUGUCUUCGAGCCCAAUCAGAACAACUGGCUGCUCACCACGUUCAUCAACCGCCGAGGGGCCCACCGCAUCUACACAGAGAUGCGCUUCACUGUGAGAGACUGUAGCAGCCUUCCCAAUGUCCCUGGCUCCUGCAAGGAGACUUUCAACUUGUACUACUAUGAAACGGAUUCAGUCAUUGCCACCAAGAAGUCGGCCUUCUGGAGUGAAGCUCCCUACCUCAAAGUAGACACCAUUGCUGCAGAUGAGAGCUUCUCCCAGGUGGACUUUGGGGGAAGGUUGAUGAAGGUCAACACAGAAGUCAGGAGCUUUGGGCCUCUAACCCGGAAUGGCUUUUACCUUGCUUUCCAGGAUUAUGGGGCCUGUAUGUCUCUCCUCUCUGUUCGUGUCUUCUUCAAAAAAUGUCCCAGCAUUGUGCAAAAUUUUGCAGUCUUUCCAGAGACCAUGACUGGUUCUGAGAGCACAUCUUUGGUGAUUGCUCCAGGCACAUGCAUUCCCAAUGCAGAAGAAGUGGAUGUGCCCAUCAAACUCUAUUGCAAUGGGGAUGGGGAGUGGAUGGUGCCCAUCGGGCGCUGCACCUGCAAACCUGGUUACGAGCCCGAGAACAGCGUGGCCUGCAAGGCCUGUCCUGCAGGGAUGUUCAAGGCCAACCAGGAAGCUGAAGGCUGCUCUCACUGUCCCUCCAACAGCAGAUCCCCUGCUGAGGCAUCACCCAUCUGCACCUGCCGGACUGGCUAUUACCGAGCAGACUUUGACCCUCCAGAAGUGGCCUGCACUAGUGUCCCCUCCGGCCCCCGCAAUGUCAUCUCCAUCGUCAACGAGACAUCUAUCAUUCUAGAGUGGCACCCUCCGAGGGAGUCAGGUGGGCGGGAUGACGUAACCUACAACAUCAUCUGCAAGAAGUGCCGGGCCGACCGCCGCAGCUGCUCGCGCUGUGACGACAACGUGGAGUUUGUGCCCCGCCAGCUGGGCCUGACUGAAUGCCGUGUGUCCAUCAGCAGCCUGUGGGCCCACACCCCCUACACCUUCGACAUCCAGGCGGUCAACGGGGUCUCCGGCAAGAGCCCCUUCCCCCCACAGCACGUCUCGGUCAACAUCACCACCAACCAAGCGGCUCCUUCCACUGUUCCCAUCAUGCACCAGGUCAGCGCCACUAUGAGGAGCAUCACCUUGUCAUGGCCACAGCCAGAACAGCCCAAUGGCAUCAUCCUAGACUAUGAGAUCCGCUACUAUGAGAAGGAACACAAUGAGUUCAACUCCUCCAUGGCCAGGAGCCAGACCAAUACAGCACGGAUUGAUGGCCUGCGACCCGGCAUGGUGUACGUGGUGCAGGUGCGUGCUCGCACCGUGGCGGGCUAUGGCAAGUUCAGUGGCAAGAUGUGCUUCCAGACCCUGACGGAUGAUGACUACAAGUCUGAACUUCGGGAGCAGCUGCCCCUCAUUGCUGGCUCUGCUGCGGCAGGUGUUGUGUUCAUCGUGUCCUUGGUGGCAAUCUCCAUUGUCUGCAGCAGGAAGCGGGCUUACAGCAAGGAGGCCGUGUACAGCGAUAAGCUCCAGCACUACAGCACAGGCAGAGGCUCCCCAGGGAUGAAGAUCUACAUUGACCCCUUCACUUAUGAAGACCCCAAUGAAGCUGUCCGGGAGUUUGCCAAGGAGAUUGACGUCUCUUUUGUGAAAAUUGAAGAGGUCAUCGGAGCAGGUGAGUUUGGAGAGGUGUACAAGGGGCGCCUGAAGCUCCCGGGGAAGAGGGAGAUCUAUGUGGCCAUUAAGACACUGAAGGCCGGAUAUUCUGAGAAGCAGCGGCGGGAUUUUCUAAGCGAGGCGAGCAUCAUGGGCCAGUUCGACCACCCCAACAUCAUCCGCCUGGAGGGCGUGGUCACCAAGAGCAGACCCGUCAUGAUCAUCACAGAAUUCAUGGAGAACGGCGCUCUGGAUUCUUUCCUUCGGCAAAAUGACGGGCAGUUCACAGUCAUCCAGCUGGUGGGCAUGCUCAGGGGCAUUGCUGCAGGCAUGAAGUACCUGUCGGAGAUGAACUAUGUGCACCGGGACCUGGCCGCCAGGAACAUUCUGGUCAACAGCAACCUAGUGUGCAAGGUGUCAGACUUCGGCCUAUCCCGCUACCUCCAAGAUGACACCUCAGACCCCACCUACACCAGUUCCUUGGGAGGGAAGAUCCCCGUGCGAUGGACGGCCCCAGAGGCCAUCGCCUACCGCAAGUUCACGUCUGCCAGUGACGUCUGGAGCUACGGGAUUGUCAUGUGGGAAGUCAUGUCCUUUGGAGAGAGACCAUACUGGGACAUGUCCAACCAAGAUGUCAUCAAUGCCAUUGAGCAAGACUACCGGCUGCCCCCGCCCAUGGACUGCCCUGCUGCACUUCACCAGCUCAUGCUGGACUGUUGGCAGAAGGACCGGAACAGCCGCCCCCGCUUUGCUGAGAUUGUCAACACCCUGGACAAGAUGAUCCGGAACCCAGCCAGCCUCAAGACCGUGGCGACCAUCACCGCUGUGCCUUCCCAGCCCCUGCUCGACCGCUCCAUCCCAGACUUCAAGGCCUUUGCCACUGUGGAUGACUGGCUCGGUGCCAUCAAAAUGGUCCAAUACAGGGAUAGCUUCCUCACUGCUGGCUUCACCUCCCUCCAGCUGGUGGCCCAGAUGACAUCAGAAGACCUCCUGAGAAUAGGCAUCACCUUGGCAGGUCAUCAGAAGAAAAUCCUCAACAGCAUUAAUUCCAUGAGGGUCCAGAUGAAUCAGUCACCAACAACAAUGGCAUGAGAACUCUCAUUUUCUGGGAGGAAGAGAGGAGAGGAAAAAGCCCAGGCUCACAGGGAGGUGAAGCAGAGGCUGGCCACAGUGGGAUGUUCUAGAAUGCUUGGAUUCUCAGCUGAGAAAUGAUUUUGAAAUAAAGGAAGGAUGAACUGCACAUGCUCCUAAUAGACAGCCUUCAUUUCUCAGCAACAGAAGUAUGUUGAAGAUGCCACCUUGGAAAUCCACAUGCCUAAUAAUGAAGGAAAAAAAAAAGACGGUGAUGGAUUCCUUGGAAGUGAAAAAAUGAGUAUUAGGGGACCAAGCUUCCAGCAGCCCCCAUUUUCUGGGCUGGAGUCACCCAUCCACAGGCAGGAAGGGAAGGAGGUAGAGGGAAGAAACAGAAGCUAGUUUCCACAUUCUUCCUCGCCAGUGACAUUCUGUUCUUUGUCACCUUUUGUCCUCUUCCCCCCAAAGCCCUCAACCUUCCUCCCUAUCCAUUCCCUUUUGCUUAUGACUCCUGCAGAGAAGUUCUUCAAACAAACCCCAGCUCCUGAGUCUCCAGAUGUCAUUCUGUCAGUUACCAAAGGACUUUGCUGACCACUGCAUGGGGGCAUCCAACCAAUUCAAUUAAUGUCUUCAUAUUGAAGAAGAGAUGUACCUUCAAUUGAAAAACCUCGUUUUUCUUUGGUUUGCAUUUUCUGCAAAAAGGAAAAAAAAAGACACCACAAAUUGGAAAAAAGACCUGUUUCUGUGUGCAAAAGCACACCUAUGUGUGUCUAUGUUAUUAAAAAAAAAUUGAUUGUGCUUGUUCGUAACAGAUGCAAACAAGAAAGAAGAACUGGGAAGUCUUUGUCCCUGGAAACAUGAAGGUUUCCAGAAGGUGGUAGAAGUUGGGAGUUUCUGGUUGACCCAUUGAGCUGUGGGCCCAAUGGUGAGAGAAGGGUAGAGAAAGAAAUAUGAUGAAAGAGUCGGGGGAUAAAACUCUCAAGAGCUUGCCAAUUCAGACAGAAAACAGAUGAGUGGUUUGAAUUGGAUACAGUGUGGAACUUUCUAGAAUGAUACUGACUGAUGCAUCAUUCAUGGUAACAUCUGAUAAGAAGGAGGAAAUAGUGUUUCUGGAGAAUUAAUGUUCUUGCACAUCCCUGGAAAGUGCAAGGCAAGAGGUGCAAGGGAAAAUUCUUCUGAGCUUAUCUGUGUGGACUGGCUUGAGCCGUGAGGCGUCCAAGGAAUGUUUUCAAAUGUGUCUGUGUUUCUCUUUGCAUUCCUUCUUGUACCUCAUUGUUAAACUCACUUUUGUAAAUGCCACCUAACAUUGAACUCUUUUUCAGUUUCUCCUUUGACUUUAAUCUCCUCACUAAUUUUAUCCGUCUAAUUAAAAUGAGCAGAAGCAUGUCUGGGUUUACAUAGAA